CAUCUCAUGUACAGGACUCGCGACGGAGCCGUCUUCAUGGUGCGGUUUCAUUACUUCAUUCUUUAGGAUGAAGAAUGUAAAGAUACUACAUCUACCACAGCUUUUUGUGUUUGUUCACGCCUGCUUUGCUCAAGCAGACUUUGCCCCCUACUUCUACGACAAUGGACCGUACAGCAACAACGGGAACCUGGCUCUGUUCAGCCUAUCAGAGGACACGCCCAUCGGUACACAUAUCUAUAGUCUCAACGGCACAGACCCUGAGGGUCAUGAGGUGAUGUACGGCCUGUCAUUUGAUCCUGGCUCCAAAGAGUACUUCAGGGUCGACCCCCAAUCUGGAAACAUGACUUUGGUGGAGAAACUGGACAGAGAAAACCAAGAUUCAAUUGACGUUCUUGUGAGCAUCACUGAUGGAAGAAGCAAGGUUGUGGAAAGAGUCACAAUAUUUGUGAUGGAUGCAAACGACGAGAAGCCUGAAUUCAAAAACAUGCCUGCGUUCAUUGAUGUGCUGGAGACGACAGAGUCUGGCGGCAGCAUCUACGUAGUCGAGGCAGUGGACAGAGACACAGGCUCAGGAGGCUCAGUCACCUACUACCUCCAGAAUCCUCCGUCCACUUUGUUUGCCAUCGACAGACACAGUGGUGUCCUUCGUCUCAGAUCUGGAGAAAUGCUGGACUACGAGAAAACAAAGACCCACUUUGUGACUGUCAUUGCAAAGGACGGUGGUGGUGACUUUAAUGGCAAGGAGCAGUUUCUGUCUUCAUCUGCUACUCUGACUAUCAAUGUGAUCGAUGCACAGGACACGCCGCCAUCUUUUAUCGGGACGCCCUAUUUUGGCUUUGUUUAUGAAGUCUCAAUGCCUGGAUCUGAAGUAUUCAUUGUUAGUGCCAAAGAUGGUGAUGUGGGGAAUCCAAAUCCGAUCCGUUACUCCUUCGAUGAUGGUGAUGAUGGUGUUUUCAGCAUCAAUAAAACAAGCGGCAUUAUCACUCUGCUGACCUUCCCUAUGUAUUUGAAGAGAGAGGUCUUUAAUAUGAAAGUCAGGGCUUCAGAAGUGAGUCCUGAAGGCCGACUGAUGGACUACGGGGUAACCACCUUGGUGAUCCGUGUGGUGGACCUGAACAACAACCCACCAACUUUCUAUGGAGAGAACGGCCCACAGAACAUGUUUGAGUUGACCAUGUACGAGCAUCCACCGGAAGGAGAGAUUCUCCGAGGGCUGAGAAUCACUGUCAAUGACUCCGAUCAGGGCGCCAACGCCAAAUUCAAUCUGAGGCUGAUUGGCCCAGGAAGAAUGCUGCGAGUCGUUCCUCAGACUGUGCUGAACGAGGCCCAGGUCACCAUCUUGGUGGAGGACUCGGCUGCCAUGGACUACGAGAAGCAUCAUUUUCUCACGUACAAGCUCCUGGCAGUUGAGGUUGAUACUCCGGAGAGAUUCAGCGCAACAGCAGACAUUGUCAUCCACCUCCUGGACACCAAUGACAACGCUCCCAAAUUCUCCUCAGAUUACUACAUCGCUCGGAUUCCAGAAAACUCACCCGGCGGCUCCAACGUGGUGUCAGUCACGGCCACAGACCCAGACUCAGGACCUUGGGGUGAAGUGAGGUAUACGAUCUAUGGAUCCGGGGCUGAACUGUUCCUGAUCCAGCCCAAAUCUGGGAUCAUCUACACACAGCCGUGGGCGAGCCUGGACGCAGAGGUGAGAUCCAAGUACAACUUCUACGUGAAGGCAGAAGACAUGGACGGCAAGUACAGCCUGGCUGAGGUGUUUGUGACGGUGCUCGACCUGAACGACCACCCACCAGCUUUCAACGAAAACUUCCUUGAGAAGACGAUGGUGAUCGGAGCGCCAGUGAAAAUAGAGGCUGUAGAUGACGACGCCGAGGUGCCCAACAACGUCAUCGAGUACGCCAUCAUGAAAGCUGAGCCGGACAACAACAUCUUUGACAUCGACAUCGACACUGGCGAGAUCGUGCUGAAGUCCUACAUCAAGUCGAUGGCCAUCAUUCAGAACAUCACCAAGCAGAGGGACUUCACCUGGUCCCUGGUGGUGCAGGCCCGAGACCGGGGCAAGCCGUCCUUCAGCACCACCGCAGUCGUCAAGAUCGACAUCACAGAGGCUACCCAACUCAAUGGGGGGCCUUGGGGAUCAUUUAUAAUGCAGGGUAGAAACAAGCCCUUGCAAAUCCUAGGCAUGCUUGGUGGUGUCAUUAGUCUCAUGGUCAUAGUCACUGUCAUCAUCUCCACGGCAACAUUCAUGCGCAACAAAAAGUCCAACCGGAUCCUGCCUAACCGCCGCGUGAGGAGGAGGCGGAAGCAGAACGCCUGGAACUUCAAAAACCCCUUCAAGGAGCCGGACAGCCCCGGAGAGAAGUUCAAAGUCGAAGAGGAUGAGCAGGAGCCCGAGGUCAUGGUGGAGAACAUCAACUACAACAACAACGUCAACAAUGUCCACAGUGUCAACAAUGUCCACAGUGUCAACAACCUUCACAGCGUCAACAGCGUCAACAACGUCAACAGCGUCGCGAGAUACUGGCCCCCGCCGCCCUGCGCCCCAUCUCUGCCCCCUCCAGCCCCGCCCUACAUCCCAGGGGAGAGGCAGUGGGCCGUACCAACCAUCUCGGCGACGGUGGCACCCAAACCCAGGAAGAAGCCAUUGAUUACCAAACAGGACACUGUGAACAAAGCACUGGUUUCAGAGCUCAAGCUGAGGCUGGAGCAGAAGAGGAUGCUCACACACCAAUAGUGCUUGAUGAAACAAUCUCAGCUCCAUUCAGUAGCUGUCCAGCAGCUUCACUGAUCUUUACAAACAGAGCAAGUCUGCAAAUGUUUUACCUCCACAAAGGAGGUUCUCCCAUGUUCAUAUGUUUUCACCCCUGUCCAUUUGUUUGUUGGUUGGUUUGUUUGUAAGCAAUAUUAUGAAAGAACUACAGGACAGAUUACCACAAAACUCAGUGAAGGGUUGUGGUUUGAUUCACGGAAGAAACCAUAACAUUUUGUUGCGGAUCUGGGGUCAGAUCCAGGAUUUUUAUAUCUUUUGCACUUUCUUUAACAUUGUGUGAUUUUUAAAUGAAAUUUGGAACAUCCUUAUUUCUGACAAUUGAGUGGACACUAAAGAAAACUACAGGUAAAUGAUCAACAGCUCCAGCACAGACACUAAAUCUAUCUUGAGAUAAGAUUGUUUUGUCAAAGUCAAGACUAAAAUCAAUCUUCGAUAGUGCUUUGUGUGUGUGUGUGUGCGUGCAUGUGUGCAUGUGUGCGUGUGUGAAUGUGUGUGUGUGUGUGUGUUUUUUCAGAGAGUUUAAAUAACAGCUAAAGGUGUAAUGAUGCAAUUUUCAUACUGUAUAAUGGGAAAAAACACUUUAUUCAUGUUUUCAAUUCACAACCGUUCACUGUUUGUCUGGCUCAAGUUUGUGUAUCAUUUUAUAAAUCCGAACCUUUUCAGCCAUUUGUUGAAACACGAGUUGCUUGAAGUGUAUCAAGAAAGAUCCCUUGUCGGGAAUUAAGUCAUUCAGAUUUCAACAAGCGAGACUGUUUAUUUGGGAUCCGACCAAAGCUCCUUACAAGAGAUUUCAUGACACUUGAACUGACUAAAGAGAUCAGCCGGUGGGUAGGGGACCAAAGUGAUCACGUUAGGAAGACUUUUAAUCCCACUGGCCAGGUGUAAAGCACCAGAUAGUGUUUAAAGAGCAGUUUGUUUACUGCUGUUAUGUGGUGGUGUUGGUUUCACUCAGUCGAAAAACUGUUCGGAUGUCAAAUAACUGUUGCUGUCAACAAUUUUAUUGAAAUCACUUACAAUUAAAAAACAUGAUUUGUGAUUAUAAAAGUGAAAUAAGUGUCAUUUAAACCACAUUACUCCUUUGAAAACAUUCCGAAUCUUACAGUGCACCAUCUU